AUGCAGUAUAGCGCGGAUGCUGCGGUGCCCCAGUAUAAGGGAAAGGUCACUCGCUGGUGGCCACAGCUGCCAGAGGAGAUCGUCAGGCUGAUAGCGACGCACUACCUGCUCGAUAUGGCGUUCACGACGUACUGCCCGCAGACCUGGGAGAACCCCAAGGCAUGGCACCAGCGCAUGGCCUACGUCUGCAUACGCGACGCUAUGCAUCUCGAAAAGCAUAUCAUGCCUAUAUGCCCCGAGUGGCGCCGAGCGAUCGAAAAACAUAUGUUCUGGGCUCAGGCCGCACACGUCCUCGACCCCAACGACGUCAUCUUCUACCACAUCGUCUCCCAACAAACAAAACAACAACAACAACAACAACAACAACCCCUCUCCUCCAACGGCUCCUCCAACACCGCAUCCGCCCUCCCACCCGUCCGCAUCUCAUCCUACCACCACCUCCGCACGAUCCUCAGCGCCAGCUGCCUCGUCUGCAGAAUCAACUUUGCAGGCGGCAACUACGGGCUGGGCGCAGCGAAGAAGCUCGCGCCGAGCGCAUUUCUCGGGCAGAUCCCCGUGUGCAGAGACCACCACCACCGCCGCCUCGCGUUCUGCGGGCUCUGUCUCCGCGAGGCGCCCGCGCACCCCGCACACGACACCGCCUCGCGCGAAGCGGAGCUCGCGCUCUCCAUCGGGCUGGCGGACAAUGAAGACGAGGAGACGUGGCCUGGCACACUCGUCGAGACGACGUGUAAGCGCUGUAGACUUGAGUGGCUUUGGCGCAAGGCGAGCGCGAGUCAGCGGGAUAGGGAUGCGGUGGGUGGGCCCGCGUUUAGGUGCCCCGAUUGGGAGACGCGGCAGAGUGUGGAAGCGUUUGUGGAGAUGGGAGAGGGGAGUGUUGGGGAUGUCCUUGCGCUUGCGAGGGAGAAGAUGUGGUUGAGGGUGUGUACAAGGUAUGAGAGUUUGGGUCAGCAUUUGGUGGCGGCGCAGCGGAGCCAGAUGCACCAGCAGCAUCAGCAUCAGCAGCAGCAGCAGACGAGGGGGGAGAGGAGGAUGAUGCGUAUGGCGGGUGUGCGUUCUGCUACCGGUGCAGGAUUCGACCGUAUGGAAGAAGACCUCGAAGAUGACGAGGAAGAAGAAGAAGAAGACGACGACGAAGACCUCGAAGAAGAAGAAGCUUCCGAAGAAGACUCGGAAGAAGACCGCGAGCUGACGCUCAUGCGCGGCGCGAGCCAGGUGCGCGAGAUGGCGCUGAACGACUGGGCGCGGCGGAGGAUUCUCGACGGGCAUUGGUUGAGUCCGGCGGAUGUGUGGUAUAAUCAUACGGUGCCGGGCCAGCCUGUUGCGGUGCGGACUGUGCAUCCGUGUCCGUGGGCGCGCGAGGUGGAUGUUGUUGUUGGUAGUAGUGGUGGCAGCAGUGCCGCCAACAACGCCGGUGCUAGUGCUAGUGCUAGUGCUAGUGGGGGUAGCGAUACACCAGCAGGAGGAGAAGGCGCAGGAGGAGGAGAAGAGGAAGAAGAGCAACACCCGCUGCGCGCGACGGUGUUAGGCGAAGUCCCGCCGUCCUAUGCGCUCUGCGAGCAGGCGUAUAUCGCGCAUAUGCGUCAGCUCCGCGAGAUUCUGGGGCCUGCGCUGCGGAAUGUGGUGAGGAAGAUUGUGAUGGAGUGUUCGGUUGGUGUUUCUGGAUCUGGGUCUGGGUCUGGGUCUGCGCGCGGUGUUAGUGACAAGGGAAAGGGGAAGGAUAAGAGCACAGACAAGGGAAAGGGCAAGGGGAAGGGGAAAGCACGGGCAGAAGGAGGGGGCUAUGUGGACCCUGCGCAUGUAGCGAGGAAGAUGACGCUUGAGGAUGUUGUGAGGGUGUUGCGCGAGGAAGAGGGGGUGUGGUAUGAUGGUGUUGAUUGGGUGGAGAAGAGGAGGAAUGAGGAGGAGGCGGAGGCGAUGGCCGAGGCGCAGGCCAUGGAGGAUGAGGCGGAGGGGGAGGAGGAGGGGGAAGGGGAGGAGGAGAGGGAGCGGGAGGGGCAGGAGGAAGCGAUGCUUGUGGAUGGGUAUUCGUAUGAGGGGUUGUCGUCGGGGGGCGGCAAGUCUUCUUCUUCUUCUUCGUCGUCGUCGGGUUCGUCGGCGGCUUCGGUUUCUUCGACGACGUCGUCUUCGGCGUUUUCGAGGCAUGGUUCGUCGUCGAAUGCGACUAGCCCUGUGCUUUCGACUAGUACGUUGCAGACUACGCCUUCGCCUCCGCCGCUUAGCGAUGAGGGAUCUGGGUCGGGGGCGGGGGCGGGGGCGGGGUUGGCGAGUAAGAAGGAGAAGGAUGCUGUGUUGGAGGAACAGCAGCAGCAUCAGCGUACCCAGCGCACUAGCACUCAACGCACGAGCCCUCAACGCACUGGGACUCGGACUGGAGCUGCCACUGGAACUGCCACUGGCAAUGGUGUCCAGCGCACCAACGCAGAAGGACCACGGCUUAUCCCUGUCGACCCCGUCCGCGCCACGCCGCGCCUCCUUGCGAAAAUCCCGUAUGUGCCCGUGACGAUUGCGCAUUUGCCGCAGUAUAGUUUGGAGGCGCUUAGAUCUCGCGCGAAGGUGGUUGAGAUGAGCGCGCGCGCUGCUGCUUCUGCUGCCAUGGGCGCGCAGCACGGCGGCGGCGGCGUUGUGCCGUCGCAUCAGGCGGUGUACCCGACGCCGAAUGUACCACAGCUGCAGCUGCAUGCGGGCGAUGAGAUUGUGUUGAAGGAUGAUGAGGAUGAGGAUGGGGUGGAUGGCGUUGAGUUGGAUACGGAUAUGGAGAUGGAGAUGGGGAUGGGGAUGGAUGGGGAGGGUGAGGAGGGUGAGGAGGAGGUUGAUUAUGAUGUUUCGGAUUAUGAGGAUGAUGAGGAUGAUGAUGAUGAGGAGGAGGAGGAGGAAGUGGGAGAGGGAGAGGAAGUGGGAGAGGGAGAGGGAGAGGGAGAAAGGGUAGAUGUGCAGGAGGAGGAGGAGGAGUAUGAUCCCGAGGCUGACCAUGACCGUGCGGCGGAGAGGUAUCGGUACUCUGGCUCUGGCUCUGGUUCUGGUUCUCCGGGUGUAGGUGUACCCGCUGCUGCUACCACCGCUACCGCCAUCGCUACCACUGCCACCACCGCUACCGCAACCACUACCACUACCACUACUACAACCACCGCUGCGGCUGCUGCCGCAGACCUCCACACUCCGACAUACACAUCGGCCCCGACCUAUGUGCAGCGCCCAUCGCGCAAGAGGUCAUCUGAUGAGCUCAAUGAUGACGGAGAGGGCGAGGGUGAUGCGGGGUACGAUACGGCGAGUAGGGCGAGUAGGAGUAGCGAGACGCUUUCGUCUUCGCGGGUAUCGAAUGCUGGGGAUAAUCGGGGAGAGAAUAGGGGGGAUAAUAGGGGAGAGAAUCGAGGGGAGAAUAAGGGGGAGGUGGUGGGUACGCCGCCUAAGCGCCCGAGACUUGAUAUUGAUGUUGGCGCCGAUGGGGAUUUGCCUUUGCCAUUGCCGCCGCCGAAUGUCAAUGUUCGACCGGUUGAUGCGGGCGUGGCGAGACCGAGGAAACGGAGUAGUGAGGAGUUGGAUGAUGAGCAUGAGCGUGUGCGUGUGCGUGGGCGUGAAGAGAGGGUGUCGGGGAACAACCAUAACCAUAACCAUAACGCCAACGACAACGACACAUAUAAUAUCCACAACCACAACCAUAAACGUAUCAGGGUGCACGCGCCGCUUUCGCCGUCGUCUGAGAGCCCGCGCAGUAGAAGCGGGAGCGGGAAUGGGAGUGUGUAUUAUUCGUCGUCUGCUGCGUCGGCGGAUGCGGAGGAUGCGGAGGAAGGUGAGCGCGAUGUGGUGUUUUCUGAGGUGGGCGAUGGCGAUGUGGGCGUUGAUGUGGGCGUUGAUGUUGAUGGGGAUGGGGACGCGGAGAGUGAGGAGAUGCCGUAUGUCCCUCCGCCGCCUACGCAUGUGCAUGUGCGUCGGCAGCAGCAUCAGCAGCAGCAGCAGCAUCGGCCGAGGAGUACGAUUGGGAGUAGGUAUAAGGCUGCGACGGCGAUGAUACCUACGCCGACGGCGAGGACGAGGACGACGGCGGCAACGAGGACGGCAACGAGAACUAGGGAUGUGCGUAUUGUGGAUGUGGAUGUGGAUAUGGAUAUGGAUGAGUGA